AUGGCUGAAGUUGUAAGCCACGUCAUACACCCCCCACAUCCACAUGCAUCAGUUGAGGAAUUCAAACUGAAACCUCAUGCACCUCGCCCCACCGGGAAAAAUACCACUUCAUCCUCCAACGCUCUCCGAGAUAAUACUGACACUUCCAUUGUCCAGGAAUCGCCCCCGGUCGAACGAAGACCCCGCAAAUCUGUAGCCUUCAGUGGCGACGACACAAUUAUGGACGAAAAUGGCGAGAUUUCAGAAGCCCCUCACAGCGGCACAGAUGAGAAAGUCACAGCAGAGAAACACUCAUCACCUCCUGAAGACAAAGCUGUCGACGAGAUAACCGACAUGUUCGCCGGGUUGAACAAGAAGAAGAAGAAAUCCUCAAAACCCAAGACCGAAGAUACGGCGGCAGAAGGCGACGCUCCGGUGGCAACAGUAGACGGCGACUUCGAUGCAUCAACACUGAAAAAAAAGAAGAAGAAGUCCUCAAAGCCCAAGACAGACGCCGGAGACUUUGCCGCGAAACUGGCCAACGCAGGCGUCGAAGGACCAGGCGAUGGUGGCGAGCACGCGACGGAUACGGAACCACAGGAACAAACAGGCGACUUGGGCGCAGGAACAGGAAUCUGGGCGCACGACGCAACAACACCCAUCUCGUAUGAUCUUCUCCUCAAACGCUUCUUCCAGCUCGUCAACGAACACAACCCCGACAUUCUGUCUUCGGGCAGCAAGUCGUACAAGAUCCCGCCGCCACAAUGCCUGCGAGAAGGCAACAAGAAGACGAUAUUCGCCAAUAUCGCCGAGAUCUGCAAGCGCAUGAACCGAAACGACGAGCACGUCACGCAGUUUUUGUUUGCCGAAUUGGGCACCUCGGGUUCCGUCGACGGCAGCAAGCGCCUCGUCAUCAAGGGUCGAUUCCAACAGAAACAGAUUGAGAAUGUCCUGCGUCGGUACAUUGUCGAAUACGUUACAUGCAAGACCUGCCGCUCACCCAACACCGAACUGUCCAAGGGUGAAAAUCGUCUAUAUUUCGUCACCUGCAACUCCUGUGGCUCGAGAAGGUCGGUCACAGCCAUCAAAUCUGGAUUUACCGCCCAGGUUGGCAAGCGCAAGAGACUUAAUGGUUAG